AUGGAAGGUGCAGCUUAUGAUGCCAAACGAUCAUCAUCAUUGGCUCAUUGCUCAUUGGCUCAGUGCUCGUGUCUUGGGUUAUUACUUAAUGAUUCAUCUAGCAAUUUAAGCCUACUAACUGCACAACAAGCUACUGUUAAGGAUCAUGUUUAUGCUAAUAACAAAUAUGUUACGGCUGUCUACGUCUUUCAGUGUUCUCCUGAGAAAUUUUUACCAUCCAGAUAUUCUGAUAUUGGAUUCUCAUCAAACACAGCAGUACAUUGCAGCAACAGGAGGGCAAGCAGCCAUAAGCUCCAUAGAAAGCUCCAUAUUUUAACUCAUCCAGACAUCAAGGCACGCAUGAUAGCCUAUGUUGGGUUGUACGAGAUUGGAGGUGCUAAGAAAGGAGAACGUGUCUUUAUCUCUGUUGCGUUUGGUGGUGUUGGCCAACUGGUUGGACAACUUGCAAAAUUGAGUGGUUGUUCAUUUACAAGGAAGAGUAAUUUUGGUAAUGGUCAAGGGAAAGCGUAG